ACUGCACUCCCUCUGAGCGUGUCCAGCCUCGACUGCCUGACGGAUCACUUUCCGCUCCAACACCGCCAGUUCCUUCUCGCCGUGACUCAUGCCUAUUGUGCCAGGCAGGACGCACUCUGCCCUGCAGCCCCACAGGUGGUAUCGACUAGGGGAGACUGUUCCCGCCAGGCUAAGCAGUGGAGCGCCGCACAGCGCGCCUUCCCGCCUCUCAACUGCUGCCCCAGCAGUUCCGACCCAGCGCCAGCAGGCCUGCUCGGUCGAUCUUCGAGCCGAAGAUGCGGCGGGGCUGGAAGAUGGCUCUGUCCGGGGGGCUACGGUGCUGCCGCCGUGUACUUUCCUGGGUGCCUGUGCUUGUUAUUGUCCUCGUCGUGCUCUGGUCCUACUAUGCCUACGUCUUUGAACUCUGCUUGGUGACUGUCUUGAGCCCAGCAGAAAAAGUUAUCUACCUCAUAUUCUACCAUGCCAUCUUUGUGUUCUUUACCUGGACCUACUGGAAGUCUAUUUUUACACUCCCACAACAGCCAAACCAGAAGUUCCACCUGUCCUAUACCGACAAGGAGCGCUAUGAAAAUGAAGAGAGACCUGAGGUCCAGAAGCAGAUGCUUUCUGAUAUGGCCAAGAAGCUACCAGUUUACACAAGAACCGGGAGUGGAGCCGUAAGGUUCUGUGACCGGUGCCAUUUGAUCAAGCCAGAUCGCUGCCACCACUGCUCUGUCUGUGCCAUGUGUGUAUUAAAAAUGGAUCAUCAUUGCCCUUGGGUUAAUAACUGCAUUGGAUUUUCCAACUAUAAAUUCUUCCUUCAAUUCUUAGCUUAUUCUGUUCUCUAUUGCCUGUACAUUGCCACAACGGUCUUCAGCUAUUUCAUCAAAUACUGGAGAGGGGAAUUGCCCAGUGUUCGCUCUAAGUUCCAUGUCCUUUUUCUCCUUUUUGUGGCCUGCAUGUUUUUUGUCAGCCUUGUGAUUCUCUUUGGUUACCACUGUUGGCUUGUCAGCAGAAACAAAACCACCUUAGAGGCCUUCUGUACUCCAGUGUUUACAAGUGGCCCAGAGAAAAAUGGGUUCAACCUUGGCUUCAUCAAAAAUAUCCAGCAGGUGUUUGGAGAUAACAAGAAGUUCUGGUUAAUACCUAUUGGGUCCAGCCCUGGUGAUGGACACUCUUUUCCUAUGAGGUGUAUGAAUGAGUCGCAGAACCCAUUGCUAGCAAAUGAAGAGCCCUGGGAAGAAAAUGAGGAUGACAACCGAGAUUAUCCAGAAGGAUCAUCAUCUCUUGCUGUGGAAACAGAAACGUAGCAGUUUUCACAUUUCCUGCAUCUGUCAAACAGGACCCUCUAUCUCCAAUGAAGCUUACAGAGUUCAGUGUUGGGAACCAUUCUAAUCUUCAGAAUAAGUCACCAUGGCAGAUUGGAAGCUUCACAAUUUGAAUGCAUCCCAUCAAAUACUUGCUGUGCAGAUAGAUGUUUCAGGACUUUACAGGUUAUUUAAUUUACUAGCUGAACUCAUCAAUCUGGUAGCAAUUAAUUCAAGCCAGUCUUCCUCUGCUUCUUUCUUCAUUUCCCCUCUCCCCAUCUGUGAAAGCCUAAAUGUAACAUAUUUAUCUUUCCAGAGGCUCUUUUCAUUCCUCUUGUCAGGUAAAGGGGAACUCAAAAGACUUCCUUGGAGUCUUUAACUCCCCUAGAAAGACUGUUAAUCAUAGAGUCUUUGUUUUAUUGAGGGGAAUCAGACUAGCUUGCUGCUUGUACACAUGUGCAUUUAUAAGCAUGCAUAUGUGCAGCAUAUUUACACAAAAUUCUUCUGUGGUGUUGUGAAAAUUGAGGCUUAAAAAAUCUGAAGUUUUUAUUCAAUCAUAUUUUUUUAAAUAGCCAUUUAAAUAUUUGCUGAGCUGUGAACACCUUCCCUAUAUCAGGUACCUAAAAUUCAAGAGGGAGAUUCAACACUGUGAUCAAGGUCCUCAAAUUGGGAAUUGAACAACUAUGUAAAACCUGUUCUCUGUCAUAGAUGUGUGGUAUUCCUGAAAACACCACAGCUAAGAGAGAAGAUCAGAUCAGAUUUCCAUUUUAUUUAACAUAAUGAUUGGUGUUUUAAAGACUUUUAAUGCCACGCUGUGGUAAAAUUCUCCAAUAACGUUUAUUCUUUUUUCUGCUACCUAGCUUUAUUUUAGCCUUUAUGAAUUACUCUUAUGAUGAAAGAAAAACUAUAAGCCUAAGUUAUGGACCAUUGGCUUUAAGGGGUUUAAGGAUGAUGUUCAGGUUAAAUUACAAUACUGUUAAUAAGGGUGAAGUUUCACAGUUGAAAUUAGCCUAAGGAUUAGCACUAAAGAUAUUUUUUUCACAACAGGGAUUAGUGUACAGAUAGUGAAAAACCUAACAGUAAUAUGCCAAUUCUUUCUCCUUUUUCUUUUCUUUUUUUUCUUUUAGUUCCAGUAGUAGUGCAGCCAUUAAGAUAGUUUACAUCCAUUUCCCAAUUUAUUUAUAAUAAGCCUUUAUUUUAGUCCUAGUGCCUGAAUCAAUGAGUAUGGACAUUAAUGCUGCUUCUCUAUAAUAAUAAUACCUAAGAGUAUUGAUGGUUUUCAUUUCUCAGUCAGUCAUAGUGCCCAGCUGCUAACAAUAGAAGUCCCAACUCUUACAGAGAUCAGUGAGUUAGAGGCAUCGUACUGAUAUCAAGUUGUUGAGCUCCUAGAGGGAUGUUAGUUUUGCUAAAUUAUUCCCCCUAAAACCUUUUUGAGUAAAAAAGAAUUGCCUGCCACAAACAAUUCAGUGUUCAGAUUCCAGUAGAGCUGUGAAUGUGAGCAAUUCAGCUACUUAAAGCAACAAAAGACAUGUUCAUUUGAAUCCUCUAGGUAAUUUUGGUCACAGUAAGACUUUCAGCAUAAAUUAAAUGGAUUGUGAUUGUGGCCAGCAUUUCAUUUAAAAGGAUACUAGACAUGACUAAAUCUAUUAGGGCCAGGGACUGUUUCUCAAACUCAGAUGCCAAGAACCAGCCUAGAGGACUAUGCACACUGGGUUUCAUGAAGAAAUCGUGUAUGUUCAGAUGGGAAGAUACUUCUUCCCCUUCCUCUUUCCCUUUAAAACACUCUCUUGUUUGGGUUAAUCUUGAAAGCAUAUUUGAUCAUCCACAUGGUCUUAUGUUUGACAAGCCUUGCCUUAUAUUCAUAUAGAAAUGCACCUUUCCUAAAGGUAGGGCUGUUGCUUACUCCACAGCCAGUAGGCCUCAAAGCAAUCUUUCCCAUCCAUCAUCUUCUGCCAAGAGUUUAGGCAGAAUAGCUGCUAACUAUGAUUCAAAGUCAGGAAGGAAUCAAGAACUUAUUUAAUGAAUAGAGUGUAUCAGCACUCAGCACUCAUAGAAAUCAGGUCAUAAAAGACAGUGUCAGGGAACUACAAAAAAGCACUGGAAGGGUAAAGCUCAGGAAAGCUAUAAUGCAAAGUUGAUUGUUUAAUGUCUUACAGACUUACACUGUCUUCAAAAGGCCAAAUAAAUCAGGGUUUUACCUGGGGGCUUAGGGAAAUAAAGAAACCCUAUUCCUAUCUCUGAACCUUUAUUCCAAUAGCUUAUAGAUUCUGAUAAUUCUCUAUAAUAAUAAUACCUAAGAGUAUUGAUGGUUUUCAUUUCUGUCAGUCAUAGUGCCCAGCUGCUAACAAUAGAAGUCCCAACUCUUACAGAGAUCAGUGAGUUAGAGGCAUCGUACUGAUAUCAAGUUGUUGAGCUCCUAGAGGGAUGUUAGUUUUGCUAAAUUAUAGGUCAUUGAGUAUUGACUUCUGUACCUAGACACCACCACCCCCCAAUUGGUUGACUAUUUAUAAGGAAGACAGACAGGUUUGUUUGAUAAUUAGCAUACCCUGAUCUGGCUCCUUUGCUUGCUUUUCCUUGGGGCCACAUCCAAUAACCUCUAUGGGAUCUCAUUCCCCAAUCUUUGGUACCCAGCUUCCCCAUUUGCAAAACAAAGACACUCGUUAGGAUCAUACAGGUGAAAGGUGCUAUGUAACUCCCCAGUGCUCUUAUAUGUCCUUCAUUGCAGGAAUGGAAUGCAAAGUUUAACCAGAACAGUAUUUCUAAACAAAUCAGUGUGCUCCAUUCUUUCUUCCACACUCUCAUUGAUGAUUUGUUCUUGCAGAACUUAGAGUACCUUAUUAAUGUUAUUCCAUUCAUUCCAACAAUGUCCUUGGAAAGAGGUGGAAUAGAAGUGAUUUUCCCCAUGGUACAACCUUAAAAAUUAAGGACAAGGGCUUCCCUGGUGGCGCAGUGGUUGGGAGUCUGCCUGCCGAUGCAGGGGACGUGGGUUCGUGCCCCAGUCCGGGAAGAUCCCACGUGCCACUGAGCGGCUGGGCCUGUGAGCCAUGGCCGCUGAGCCUGCGCGUCCGGAGCCUGUGCUCCACAGCAGGAGAGGCCACAACAGUGAGAGGCCGGCGUACCGCAGAAAAAUAUAUUAAAAAUUUAAAAAGAUAAAUAAAUAAAUAAAAUUUAAAAAAAUUAAGGACAAAAGAAAUGAAGCACCCUCCAAAAGCACAUAGCUGUCUGGGACAGAACUCACAGUUGCCAUGUCCAGUGCAUGGUUAGAGUGACUUGGCUUCCCAGUACUCUGGGAUAACCAUGAAGCAGCUUAGAACACUGAGAGCAAUUGGGGCAGGACCACAUUUCAGAAGAGUCUCACUUUGUCCAAAAUCUGAAAGUAUGCAAUUUAUACAAUUCUUAUUUUCUAUGUGAUAGAAAUGUAAUAUGUGCCUCUUUCCCCCUCUGGCCCCAUGUGACACAUAUAUUUCACACUGUGUGGCAUCAUCCAGUGCCAUUAUGUCCUCUGGCACCCAUAGAGCCCACUCUCAGGAUUGUCUUUGCCAGAGAAAAGAAUGUGCUUCCUCAUGUUUAUGCCAAGUUGCACAAAGUGUGGACAUUGAGAUUAAUGAAGAUUUAAGCACAAUCCUAGCAGGUAUAAGAAUAUUGAAUAUACAUUAUUGUAACGUGCAUCUGAAAUUUAAUAUGGCCCAAAUUCAUAGGAAUGUAACCGUCAUGCAAAGCCUGUCCCUUUCACCUAUCAUCACACAUAUACAUCUAUACAUGUGUGCACACACACAGUGCUCCCAAAGCAGGCUGCCUCGUCAUCAGGAGCAAAUACUUUAAAGGAAUGAGUCUCUGUCCUCUUAGAAAAAUGUCCAACAACAGUCACUGCAAGUUAAGAAUAUUCCAUUCAUACAUUCUAAAACUUCUGCUCCUAGAGUAGCUAAGGUACUCAGUUGGUGCCAAAGACAUGUUCUGUGCCUCUAUCAGAGUCACAGAAGGCAAGUGACAAGAUUGUUAGACCUUUCCACAAGCCUCAUGUUCUUUGAAAAUUCAUGAGUUCCAUCUAAUCAGUAGUAAAUAGUUUAUGAGGUAUGGUACAUCUGCAUUUCUUUAACCAGAGCUAUAAUGUACCAUAUUAAAUUGUAGUCUUUUGCAUGCAGGUAUUGUGUAAUAUAAUAAUGAAUGGAUGGCACCUAAUAGCAUGCAACCCAUGACCGUUUACUUUCCCAAAAGGGCUAGGGCUGUGUCCCACACAGUGUUCAAAACUAUUAAAUGUAUUAUUUGAAGCAGUCUAGUAUAUGGCCAUCAGCAGAUUGAGUUAGACAUGAAUGUAAUAUAACAGGAAAUAGAUUCUUAGUAGGGAAUGGUGUUAAAGGGGAAAAAAACAGUAACAUAAGAUGCAUUUAAGGAAUAAUGGCUGUCAUCCUGCUGGCUAAAUCAGCAAAGGGAUGCAGCAGGAAAGCUUGUACUGGGUCUUGGUAAUAUAUGAAAUGCAUUGGAGACCCAGAAAAAGAAAAGCACUGGAGACCUCAGCAGUUAAGCUCAAGUUGCCAAUUUGCUACAAAUCCUUUUUUCCACCAAUCUGCUCAAAGUAAUUGUAUAUAAUAUUCUUAAAACCAUGUGUCUUGCUACAAAAAUACCCACAAAUACUGACCAGCUUUAUCUUCCCAAGUUCUUAAUUAAAAGCAUAUGCAUAAAAUUGUCAUUUCUUUUCUAUAUUAUGGAGUUGUUAAACAAUGUUGGCAAAGGCUAAAAUUUCAGACCACCUUGAUGGAAGCUUCUAUACUUCUCAUUUCAUGGGUAUAAUAGUGGAGUUUGUUCACUCCCAGGUUGAUUUGUAUGGGGUAUGUAGACUCCUCUUUAACAUCUCAUCUUCCAAACACCCCCCAUCCCUGUGCUCAGUGUUUCUUAUGUUCCUACAUGGAUAUUAGUUGGGAAAUUAUCAUCAAUGGCUUUUAGAUAGAAUGCUGACUAGUCUAAUGUCACUUAAUCAAGUUCAGUCUGCUCAGCCUCACACAUCUUUUGCCUUUCCCUCUGUUAUUGUGAUAACU